AUGUCUGACUUCGCAACCAAGCUGACCACUGUGGUGGACGAUGACGACCAAAUGGACGUCGAGACCGCAGAGCUGCCCCCACACCUUGCACACAUAGGUGAGACCGAGCAGACAGCGCCAUCAGCGUCUCCUGAACGCGUUUCGAUGGAACCUGAGGAACACGACCCAAACGAGCUCAGGCCGGGGUCGUUGCUUCUUUCGGGCGUCGACGAGCUGGACACGAGGGCAAUCAAGCUGUACAUUGACUCUUUUUUGAAGCCAGACCUCAAAUUCGAGAACAGGGAAGCGUAUGCCAAGUUUAACUACACUCUCGAAUGGGUGGACGACAAGAAAAUCAACAUUGUGUUUGAACAGCCCGACGCUGCCUUGGAGGCACUGAGCCUGCUGUCUGAGGUGUCUGACGGUCUUUCUCCUGAACAGGAACGUGGCGCCAUGGAAUACAUCAGCAACGAUCCUGGCUUCAACGACCAGAACGUCAGACUCUCAAUAAGACAGAGCUACUGGGGAGACAGAAAGGUCAAGGGUGCCAGAAACUACUCGCGCUACUAUCUGAUCCACGGCGAGCCGGAGCCGACUCAGAGAAAGAGAACAUACCGCAACUACAAAGCAGGACGAGGUGGAGCCCGCAACAGAGGGCCCGACCUGAUCACAGGCGAGGACACUGGGCCUGUGGAGGAGCAGGAUGGCGAUUCCCACCGAAAAUUGGAGGUUUCUGGAAGAUGGGACGGCCCAAGAUCGAGAGGCCCGCCAAGAGGUUCCUCGAGAGGGAGAAGCGAAAGGGGUCGUGACAGAUACAGAGAGAGACAGCAACCGAGAAAAGGAAACCGCGACGACGAGGAAGACUUGUUCCCGGACUUCCUGAAAAAUAGAGACAGAUCGCCGGCCAGAAUGGAGGAGUGA